AUGACUAUCGGAUUCGACCAAGACUUGCCUGCUGAUGUAUAUGAAUACAAUGAAAUUCGCAAGAAUAUGGAUUGGGAAAAGUCUGGCGUGGCAUCUCUUUUGAAACCCCCUCCAGUCUCUCAGCAUCUACCCUCCUUUGACGCAAAGGGAAAUCCAUGCUUCAAGGCCUACCGUGGAUCCGGUAAACUCCAAGGCAAGUUCGCUCUCAUCACUGGUGCUGAUAGCGGCAUUGGUAGAUCCAUUGCUACUCUCUACGCUUUGGAAGGUGUUGCUGGUAUUACCAUCGUCUAUCGCGAUGAGCAAGAAGACGCUGAUGCCAUGUAUACCAAGAAUACUAUUGAAGCGCAAUCUGACUGCAAGAUCCACUUAAUCGCAAGAGACAUUGGCUAUGAAAACACCUGCAAAGAAAUCCUGCAAUCUCAUCUGGACACCUUUGGUAGACUGGAUAUCCUGGUCAACAAUGCUGCUGAACAGCACAAGGUGACUCGUGUGGAAGAUCUCGAUUGCAACACGGUUGAAAGAACCUUCCGCACCAAUGUAUUUGGCCCCAUCUUUAUGACCAAAUUGGCUUGUAAUCAUCUGGUUGCUGGUGGUGUCAUUAUCAAUACGGCCUCCAUUGCUGCUUACCGUGGUAUGGAUGUUCUGGUUGAUUACUCUGCUACCAAGGGUGCUGUUGUCUCCUUUACGCGUGCUUUGUCUCAACAGUUGGCUCCUCGUCGUAUCCGUGUCAAUGCUGUGGCUCCUGGUCCUGUUUGGACUCCAUUGAUCCCCAAUACAUUCACGCGUGAAGAGAUCCAAAACUUUGGUUCUUUCCCUCCUUUCAAGAGACCCGCUCAACCAUGUGAGAUUGCUGCUUCCUUUGUCUUUUUGGCCUCUGAUGAUUCUUCCUUCAUGACUGGUCAAGUGGUUCAUCCCAAUGGUGGCACUGUUGUCAACACCUAA